UUGGACCAAUAGGGCGUCUCCAAGGUGAUGUCAUGGAUGCAGCGUUGAUGCUGUUGCUGAUGCUGUUGCCCGGCGCCUGUAUCUGUGCAGCUAGGCGGGGGUAGCUGUAGUCACCAUCAGCAGCAGAGACAACAGGGACAGAGGGGGAGUGAGAAGGAUCUUCAGCAUCCCUGAAGAGUUACAUUUGCAGCGAGAAGAUGACUCUGGCAGCCUACAAAGAGAAGGUCAAAGAGCUCCCCCUGGUGUCUCUGUUCUGCUCCUGUUUCAACCCACAGACUGCAGAAAAGUCUACAUACAAGGCAGAAGAUGCAGUGGAUCUGGGCUGGUGUGUCAUCAAAGACGUGGAGGUAAUUGAGCUGAAUAAGCGGGCAUCAGGUCAAGCCUUCGAGGUCAUCCUUAAGCCCCCAUCCUUUGACGGCGUGCCAGAGCUCAACGCAUCCAUGCCGCAGCGCCGCGACCCCUCCCUGGAGGAGAUUCAGAAGAAGCUGGAGGCUGCUGAGGAGAGGCGAAAGUGCCAGGAGGCCGAGCUGCUCAAGCACCUGGCCGAGAAGAGGGAGCACGAGCGCGAGGUGAUCCAGAAGGCCUUCGAGGAGAACAACAACUUCAUCAAGAACGCCAAGGAGAAGCUGGAGCAGAAGAUGGAGGCCAACAAGGAGAACCGGGAGGCGCUGCUGGCCGCCAUGCUGGAGAGGCUGCAGGAGAAGGACAAGCACGCUGAGGAAGUGAGGAAGAACAAGGAGAUGAAGGAGGAAGCCUGCCGGUAGACGAGAGGAGCACAGAGAGAGAACACGAGGGACUGGGGGAGGUUUCUGAGUUAGUGAAAAAAACAUGGGAAUUUACAUUACAAAAGAAGACCUUGCAAAACAGCUACAACAAAGGGAAAGUUUUCAAAUUUGAUAUCGAUGACAAUUCUGGACCAGGUGCACAAAGUUUAGUCUUGAUGCUGAAAUUGAACUUUUUUCAAACGAGUGAUGUUGUGGCAUCAGACAGAAUAUAGAUAUUUAGCUAAUGGGCUGCUUGGUUCGUGCGGUGGGAAACGAGACGUGCAGCCAAGCAGGAAAGAAGCUGGGAGUGAUUAGUACCUGAGCUGCUGUAUGUUCUUCUUGACUUUAGCGAUGCUCUGUCAUUUCACUUUUCCCAAAUUGGCAGCAACAUGCAGUAAUUACACAAAUUACAUUAGACCUGAUAGCGGCGACUAAACGGGAGCUGUAGAAGAUGAUGUGUUUGAGCUGAACUGGACGUACUGGUGUGUUUUAGGAGCCCGACUCCAUACGUUUUUCAUUUACAUACCAGUCUCUACACAUAGACAGCACAUAACUCACAUUCUUCUGCUACACACACACACAUGGAUUUGUUUUGCUUGGGCCCGCGGGUCUAACGCUGUUUUUUUGUGUUUCUUUGCGGCAACAUUUUUGGAAGUCUUCGUUCCUUCUGGGGACGUGUCCGUGCUAAAUUCGGCGAAUCGUUCUAAACGGUCUCUGAAUCGGCCGUCUGUGUGUUUUUACAGGACAACUGUGGCGUGUUCUGCCAUUUCCAGGCUCUUUGUAAAGCUCUAAUCGUAGUGUAGACGUAGGUCAGUGAGAUGCCUUUGAGUCUUUUAGAUUUAGAGCACCGACUGCACUCUUGUUUCUUUAAGCACAACUCAAAAGCACAUAAUCAAACACAAAACGGACUGAAAAUGCAGUUAAAACAAGGGUGACGCGACAACGCGUUAACGCAGUGACUAACACUAGUUCAGGACUGGGAUUAAUUUUGUUUGACGCCAGCCUCCGUUCACUGUGAUGAUUGAUUGUCGGUUAAUGAUAAACCCAGAGGAGGAACCAGAAAGAUGAAAUCUUGAGUUGCUGAGUCAUACUGACUUGAAUUUGAAACGUCGCACAGGAACAGGGGAGUCCCGACGUGGGGGUUGUGCUCGUUGUCCUUGUGUGUUGCUGUGUGUCUUCGAGGCUGAAUUGAUUGCAUCUACAGUGUUUGGCAUGGUCAGUAAAAGCAGCUUGACUGAA